AUGCUCUGCUGGGUGGCCUGCAGCGGCGGGAGCGGCCCGGGCGCCAGCCCCGCCGGGCCCCUACCCCGCUGCGGCCACACCUUCACCACGCUAGCCAACGGCGAUGUCCACGUGCUGUUUGGCGGCGCCGGCCGCGGGACGGGCACCAAGGCCACCUACCUCGCUGAUGCACACGUCGCCCGCGUGGCAGCAGAUGGCAGCGUCACAUGGCAGGCGCACAAGGUCCGCUUCAACGACUGCUGGAUCCUAGACGUCUCGGCCCAGCGCUGGGCGCUGGCCGAGGUGGCGGGCAGCCCGCCCACGCCACGCGCCCACCACACAGCAUCCAAGCUGGGCGACAAAGUCUUCUUUUUUGGAGGCUACGGCGGCGGUGGCGCCGAUCUGGGCGACCUCUGGGUGCUGCACCUCGGAGGCGGGGGCCUGCGGUGGGAGGAGGUGUCGGCGUCGGGGCCUGCACCUCCGCCGCGCUUCGACCACACCGCCACGCUUGUUGCCACCGCCGCCAACAGCCCCUCCCCAGACAAGCUGCUCAUCCUGGGCGGCAGGGACAGCACCCAGAACUUCACCGACGCUCAUGUGCUGGACCUGGAGAGCAUGGCAUGGGAGCAGGCGCAUGGCAUGCCCGCGCUGGGGGGCGAGAUCUGCAACCACCUGUGCUCCAGUGUGGAGAGCGUGCCCUACCACAAGGUUUUUGCGGGCUUUGGCAAGUGCGACACGCUGCAGUACGGCAACACGAUGCAGUGGAGCGUGCCUGAGACGGCGGGGCCAGAGCUGCCCCUCGGCCGGGAGGAGACGGCGUGGGUGUGGGAUGCCAAGUCUUUCUCUCUGGUGCUCUUUGGCGGGUGGGCCAACCGUUGGCUGGGCGACACCUGGCGUGCCGACGUCAGCACCAUCAUCGGCCCCGGCUACGCCUGCCUGGGCAUCGCCCCCGCCAUCGGCCCCGUGGCAGGAGGCACAGAGGUGACCAUCACAGGGCUGCGCUUCAGGGACGGCCAGAUCAGGGUGAAGCUCAUCUCGCCACGUGGCGAAAACAUAGUAGAGGGCACAUUUGUCAGCAGGGAGGCGGUGCGCUUCAAGACGCCGGCCCAUGAGCAGCACGGCGCGCUGCUCUGUAACGUGUACGUCAGCAUUGGCUCAGACAACUGGACAGUCAACCAGCUCAAGUUCCAGUACUUUUCCAACAUGCUGCCAUCUGCCAGCUUGGCGUACGGCCCUGGCGUGCUGCCACAGGUGCACUGCGGCAUCGAGAUGCCUUUCCUGCUGGUGUCUAAGGACACGACCAACCACAAGCGCACCUCCGGCGGCGACGGUUUUGAGAUCGCCGUGGAGAGCGAGUCGGGCGCGGUGGUGGGCUCCUCGCGCAUCGUGGACCGUGGCACCGGCACCUACGAGUGCUUUUACAGGGCACCGGCGCCGGGUCGCUACAAGAUUCACGUGCGCGGCGCUGGGACGGGCGGCGAGGGCGGCAUGGCCCACAUUCGCGGCAGCCCCUUCAGCGUGGAGGCCGCUGACCCCUGGCAGCAGCGGGGGCUGGUGGGGGUGGCCCCCGCCAAGCGCGCCGCCGCCACCCUGUCCUCUGUUGGCACCGACCUUGUGCUGUUUGGCGGGGACAAGUCGCUGGCGGCCGUGUGCCACGCACCCGGCGGCGAGGAGCCCUGGCAGUGGUUCCCCACCAGCGAGGCUGACCGCGCCACUGCCCGCAAGGGCCAUGCAGCGGCGGGCGUGGCGGGCACCAAGCAGCUGGUGGUGUGUGGCGGUCAGGCGCUGGAGGGAGAGCCUGCAGACCUGGCAGAUGUGCGGCUGCUGGUGAGCAACGGCAGCAGCUUUGCAGGCACCAGCUGGCACUGGCAGCCCGCUAGCGCAGCGGUCCAGCUGCACCAGUGGACAGAUGGCACAGAGGUGCCCACAGAGCGCAACUCCCACUGUGCCGUGGCAUUUGGCAGCACGCUGCUGGUCUUUGGCGGCGAGCACCAGGGGCAGCUGCUGCAGGAGCUGUGCCUGCUGGACUUGUCUAGCAAGGGAGCUGCUGCAGCCGCCGCCGGCGACGGCUUUGUGGCGAUCUUUGGCGGCUGUGCCUCCAAUGAGCAGGGAGAGGACGUGCUGCUCAAUGACCUGCACCUAGUGCAGGUGGAAAGCCUGUCUCGCGUGCGCUGCGGGCAGCAGGAGGCCUCGGGCGCGGCGCCGCCGCCGCGGGCAGGCGCCAUUCUGCAGGAGUAUGGCAGCGGCAGGCUGCUGCUGUACGGCGGGACUGGCGCGGGCGGCAGGCCCCUGGGCGAUGCCUGGGUGCUGGAUGUGGCCGCCCAGACAUGGGAGUGCCUGUAUGAUGGAGAGCCACAGACCCCGCUGGUGGCCCUGCACGGCGGCCAGCUGGUGAGCCUGGCCUCUGCCCCUGGCAGCAGCCGCCUGGACGUGGUGCGCAGCCUCAACCUGGAGCAUGCCGCCGAGUCGGUGUCCUUCCUCGCCAAGAUGCGCCCCGAGGUGGCCUCUGCCGCCAAGGACCUGGAGGCCUGGGUGGCCAAGCAGCAGACGGGGCUGGACCUGGCGGCCAAGGCCGACAGCACAGAGACGCUGCUCAAGGCAGGCUGCCGGCUGCCUGGGUGCUGGCUCCCCUCCCCUCAGGUGAUGGACGCACUGUACCUGGUGCGCUCAAAGCGGCGCGACACAGACCUGCUGUUUGACCAGCUCAAGGAGAGCUGCCAGCUGCUGGCGGGGGAGCACCGCGUCAAGGACGCCGCCCGCACCGACAGGCAGCUGGACGACCUGCGGCACCGGUGGGAGGCGGUGAAGAAGGCGGCGCCGCAGGUGCGCGCCUCCAUCAAGGCCGCCCAGGAGGCCGAGUGCGAGCGGGUCAAGGCCGACAUGGAGCGGUUCAGCGCCGCCGUGGCGCAGUACGUGGGCAGCAUCUACUCCAAGCGCGCCUUCUUCGCCUGGGCCACCGGCGUGGAGGCCGCCUUUUCUGACAUCGAAAAGACCUUCAAGGACCUGGAGGCCAUGCACGCGGAGCACAGCCGGCUGCACACGCUGGGCAAGCUGUUUGACUGCUCCCAGCUGCUAGAGGCGGCCGCAGCCAGCAUCAAGGCAACCGACGAAGAGCUGGCGGCGCUGCGCGCGCUGUGGCAGCAGGCGGCGGCGGCUGAGAAGAAGCUGGGCGACUGGAACCAGACGCUGUUCUCCGCCGUGGAUGUUGCUGCGCUGGAGGAGGGCGCAAAGGCGCUGGUGAAGGAGGUCAAGGCGCUGCCUGCGGCGGUCAGGGAGCAAGACUGCUUCCGGGGCCUGGAGGUGUUGGUCAAGAACUACCUGGCCUCUGUGCCGCUCAUCGGCGACCUGCGCAGCCCCGCCAUGCGCCCCCGCCACUGGCAGGCGCUGCAGGAGGCCACAAAGGUGCACUUUGAGGUGGGUGAGGAGUUCCGGGUGGAGGACCUGCUGCGCCUGCAGCUGCACAAGUACGCCGAGGAUGUGGCGGAGAUUGUGGACCGGGCGCAGAAGGAGGAGAAGAUGGAGACGGCGCUGGCCAAGCUGCAGGACACCUGGUCCAAGGUGUGCUUCGUGUUCCAGCCCCACCGCGGCAGCUCCGAGGUGUCCACCGUGAAGAUGGCUGAGGACGACUUUGCGGCGCUGGAGGACAACCAAGUGCUGGGCAUGAUGGCCAGCCGCUUUGUGGCCACCUUCCGCGACGAUGUGCUGGCCUGGAACAAGAAGCUGAACGCGGUGGCGGAUGUGGUGCAGCUGAUGGCUGAGAUCCAGCGCUCCUGGGCAUACCUGGAGUCGCUGUUCAUCCAGUCUGAGGAGGUGCGCCGGGAGCUGCCAGAGGCCACGCAGCGGUUUGCGGGCAUCGACGCCGCGGUGCGGGCGGUGCUGCUGGACAUGGUGGUGGCCAAGAACUGCGUGGCGUGCUGCACCAAGGAGGGGCUGCUCAGGCACCUGGAGGCGCAGCAGGGGGAGCUGGAGCUGUGUGAGAAGGCGCUGGCGGACUUCAUGGAGAGCAAGCGCCGCGCCUUCCCCCGCUUCUACUUUGUCUCCUCAUCAGACCUGCUGGAGAUUUUGUCGAACGGCAACAAGCCCGCAAGCAUCAUGCCCCACAUGGCCAAGAUCUUCCAGGCGGGCUGCAAGCUGCCUGCAGGGGGGCCAGACACUGAGCAGCAGCCUACCCUAACCCACCCACCUUUCUUCCUGGCCAUCAACGCGCUGCGGCUGGACACAGACAAGCCCGCUGCGGGGGUGCGGCCCAAGGCGCUUGGCAUGGAGUCGUGCGUGGGCGUUGAGUACGUGGCUUUCCAGACCCCGCUGGCGCUGGAGGGCAAGGUGGAGGCCUACAUGGGGCGGGUGGUGGACAAGAUGCGGGCCGAGCUGCGGGCGGUCAUGGGCGACAGCGUGCGCGACUACCCCGCCAAGCCGAGGGAGAAGUGGAUGUUCGACUGGCCCAGCCAGGUCGCCCUGAUGGUCAACCAGAUGUACUGGUGCCAAGAGGUGGAGGAGGCGUUUGGCCAGCUGGCAGGCGGCAACAAGAAUGCCAUGAAGGCUUACAAUGAGCGCCAGGUGGCGCAGCUGACACGGCUGAUUGAGAUCACCUGCACUGAGCUCAGCAAAGCUGACCGGCAAAAGGUGAUGAACCACAUCACCAUUGAUGCCCACAGCCGCGACGUGGUGCAGCACAUCGUGGAGACGGGGGCCGCCGACCGCGACUGCUUCGCCUGGCAGUCGCAGCUGCGCACCUACUGGGACAGCUCCAUCGGCGACUGCCGCGUGCGCAUCUGCGACGCCUCCUUCCCCUAUGGCCACGAGUAUCUGGGCAACGGCCCCCGCCUGGUCAUCACCCCCCUGACCGACCGCAUCUAUGUCACCGCCACCCAGGCCAUGUGGCUGUCGCUGGGCACCGCGCCCGCGGGGCCCGCCGGCACCGGCAAGACAGAGACGACCAAGGACCUGGCGGCGCAGCUGGGUCUGGCCUGCUACGUGUUCAAUUGCGCGCCCGAGAUGGACUACCACACGCUGGGCAACAUCUUCAAGGGCCUCGCAGCGCUGGUGCCGGAGGUGCUGUCGGUGUGCUCGGUGCAGUACAAGUGCGUCACCGAUGCGCAGCGACGCAAGGCGGCGCUGCCGGGGCGUGGCCUGGAGUAUGUGGACGCCCAGGGCGUCAAGCACCCGGCGGUGCAGGGCUUCACCUUUGUGGCGGCCGACGGCGUGGAGAUGCCCCUGGAGGAGGGCACCAGCGUCUUCAUCACCAUGAACCCGGGCUACAUCGGCCGUGCCGAACUGCCAGAGUCGCUCAAGGCCCUGUUCCGACCCAUCACUGUGGUGGUGCCUGACCGCCAGCUCAUCAUGGAGAACAUGCUGAUGGCAGAGGGCUUUGUGACGGCCAAGGCGCUGGCCAAGAAGUUUGCGGCGCUCUACUACCUGCUGGAGGACCUGCUGUCGCCGCAGAAGCACUACGACUGGGGCCUGCGUGCCAUCAAGAGCGUGCUGGUGGUGGCGGGCGGCCUGCUGCGCAGCCAGGCGGGGCAGGACGAGACUGACGUGCUGUUCCGCGCGCUGCGCGACUUCAACUUGCCCAAGAUCCUGGCCCAGGACCUGGUGGUGUUCAACGGCCUGCUGGCAGACAUCUUCCCGCAGACCAACCCUCCCCGCCAGCGCGACCCCGGCUUUGAGGCGGUCGUCAAACAGACAGCGCGGGAGCUGGGGCUGGAGCCGGACGAGGAGUUUGUGCACAACGUGGUGGCCUUAAGCGAGCUGCUGGCCAUCCGGCACUGCGUCUUCCUGAUGGGCCCCACCGGCUGCGGCCGCUCCGAGGUCAUCCGCGUGCUGGCCAAGGCCAUCUCCGCGGGCUGCGACGCCCCCUCCAACCCCUACCUGCAAGCCAACAACAGGAAGAAGGUGGUUGUGCGUGACUUGAACCCCAAGAGCAUAAGCACCCAGGAGCUAUAUGGCUACGUCAACAUGGCCACCCGCGAGUGGAAGGACGGCCUGCUGUCGUGCACGCUGCGCGAGCUGGCAAACGUGCCCGACGACAACCCCAAAUGGAUCGUGCUGGACGGAGACCUGGAUGCCAACUGGAUUGAGAGCGCCAACAGCCUGAUGGAUGACAACAAGCUGCUCACGCUGCCCUCCAACGAGCGCAUCCGCCUGCUGCCGCACAUGAAGCUGAUCUUUGAGAUUCGCGACCUGCGGUACGCCACCCCCGCCACCGCCACCCGCGCCGGCAUCCUGUACAUCAGCGAGGGCCGGCAGUGGUCGAGCCUGGUGGAGUCGUGGUUGCGCCGUGUGUCCAGGGCAUAUGCCGAGAAGGCCAAGUGGGGCGAUGCAGAGGUGCCCCUGCGCUGGCUGCAGGAGCUGUUUGGCAAGUACGUGCCGCCCACCGCCUUUGAGAUGCGCAAGAGCUUCUCCCAUGUCGUGCCGCUGGGCACCAUGAACUUUGUGGGCACGCUGUGCAGCAUACUGGAGGGCCUGCUGCGCCCCGAGAACCUGCCCGCCAAGGCGGAGCAGCCGCUGUUCGAGAUGGCCUUCGUGUUUGCCUGCGUGUGGGCCUUUGGCGGCGCGCUGUGCGAGAAGGAUGGCAUCAAGUACCGGCAGGCCUUUGACAAGUGGUGGAAGGCCACCUGGACUGCGGUGCGCUUCCCCCAGAAGGGCACCGUCUAUGACUACUAUCCUAACUUCAAGUCAGCCAAGUUUUCGCCCUGGGCUGACCUGGUGCAGCCUGUGGAGUACGACGGCUCGGUGCCGAUGUCGCAGGUGUUUGUGCCCACCCCCGAGACCGUGUCCCUGCGCUUCUUCCUGGACAUGAUGCUGUCCCUGCGCAAGCCCAUCAUGUUUGUGGGCGGCAGCGGCGUGGGCAAGACGCAGCUGGUCAAGGGCAAGCUGCAAGCGCUGGGUGAGGACCAGUCGGCUCUGUCCAUCAGCAUGAACUACUUCACCGACGUGGCCUCCUUCCAAAAGAUCCUGGAGUCCCAGCUGGAGAAGAAGGCGGGCGCCAACUACGCGCCCCCCGCCAACCGCCAGCAGAUCUACUUUGUGGACGACCUCAACAUGCCCCGCCUGGACGCCUACGAAACCGCCAUGCCCAUCUCCCUCAUGCGCCAGCACCUGGGCUACGGCCACUGGUACGACAGGGCCAAGCUGACGCUCAAGGCGGUGUCGGGCACGCAGUACGUGGCGUGCAUGAACCCCACCGCUGGCUCCUUUGUCGUCGACCCCCGCCUCCAGCGCCUGUUUGUCACGCUGGCGGUGGAGACGCCCGGCGUGGACUCGCUCAUGAUGAUCUACGGCUCUUUCCUGCACGGCCACCUCAAGAAGUUCUCGCAGGACGUGCAGGAGCUGGGCAACAAGCUGCUGCAGGCGGCGCUGGCGCUGCACGAGAAGGUGGUGUCCACCUUCCGCAAGACCGCGGUCAACUUCCACUACGAGUUCACCGUGCGCCACCUGGCCCAGAUCUUCCAGGGCCUGAUGAUGAGCACGCCCGACAAGUACAACAGCGACCCCUCCAAGCUCAUCCGCCUGUGGCUGCACGAGAGCGAGCGCACCUAUGCUGACCGGCUGGUGAGCGCCGCCGACCUCGCCCAAUUUGGCAAGCUGGUUGUGGCGGUGGCCAAGAAGUACUUCAGCCUGCCAGACAUUGACGACUACUACCGCGCCAAGGACCCCAAGCCGCUCGUCUUCUGCCACUUUGCCGCGGGCCACGGCGGCGAUGCAUGCUAUAAUGAGGUCGUCGAUGCUGCGGGCUGGAAGCGGCUGCAGCGCACGCUGGCAGAGGGGCUGGCCGAGUACAAUGAGACGAAUGCGGUCAUGGACCUGGUGCUGUUUGAUGACGCCAUCAGGCACGUGUGCCGUAUCUCCCGCAUCAUCAGCAGCCCCGGCGGCCACGCGCUGCUGGUGGGGGUGGGCGGGUCGGGCAAGCAGAGCCUGGCGCGGCUGGCGGCCCACAUGUGCGGCUACACGUGCGACACCAUCAUCAUAUCGGGGACAUACACGCUGGCCAGCUUCAGGGAGGACCUGGUCCGCAUGUACAAGCGGGCGGGGCUCAAGGACGAGGGCGUGCUGUUCCUGCUCACCGACUCCCAGAUCGUGGAUGAGAAGAUGGACCGAAAGGACGUCAUCCCAACCCUGCGCAACGAGGUCAAGGGGCGCGGCCUGGCAAAAACCAACGAAAACUGGUGGGGCCUGGUGUAUGUGAAUGACCUGCUGUCCAGCGGCGACAUCCCCGACCUGUUUGCCCCCGAGGACCGAGAGGACGUCAUCGCAGCCAUGCGCAGCGAGGUCAAGGCGCGCGGCCUGCCAGACACCAACGACAACUGCUGGCGCGUCUUCAUCCAGCGGGUCGUCAAGAACCUGCACGUCUGCUUCACCUGCUCCCCCGUGGGUGACGCCUUCCGCGUCCGCUCCCAGCGCUUCCUGGCCACAGUCAACUCCACCACCAUCGACUGGUUCCACCCCUGGCCCGAGGCCUCGCUGCUGUCUGUGGCCCGCAAGAACCUGGAGGACCUUGAGGUGGAGAGCGAGGAUGUGCGCAAGGCGGUGGUGGAGUUCAUGCCCGCCUCCUUUGCGGCGGUGGGCGCCAUGGCCAAGCAGUACCUGCGGGCGGAGCGCAGGCGUGUCUACUCGACUCCCAAGACUUUCCUGGAGCUCAUCAAGCUGUACCGCAGCCUGCUGGCCGCCAAGCGCCAGGCGGUGCAGGCCAGCACGGAGCGGCUGCAGGUGGGGCUGGCCAAGCUGACCAAGACCCAGAAGGAUGUGGAUGUGCUGGUGGAGCAGGCGCGGGUGAUGGCGGUGGAGGUGGAGCAGAAGGUGGCGGCCGCCUCACGCUUUGCCGAGGAGGUGGGGGUGGAGAAGGAGAAGGUGAAUGCGGAGAACGCGGCGGCCCAGGUGGAGGCGGACGCGUGCGCCACCAUCGCGAGGGAGGUGACGGAGCUGCAGGCGCGGUGCGAGAGCGAGCUGGCGGCGGCGGAGCCGCUGGUGGCGCAGGCACAGGAGGCGCUGGACACGCUGACCAAGAAAGAUCUGGGGGAGCUCAAGGCGCUGCGCAACCCGCCUGCCGGCGUGGACGACAUCACGGCGGUGGUGCUGUGCCUGCUGGAGAAUGUGCCCAAGGACAGGAGCUGGGGCGCCGCAUCAAAGAUGAUGAACAACGUCGACGCCUUCCUCGCGCGCCUCAAGGGCUUCAAGCCCACCAUCGACGCGGGCGAGGUGCCCCAGAAGAACGUGGAUGCCUGCCGCUCCUACCUGGAGCUGCCCCACUUCAACAAGGAGGCGAUGAGCAACAAGUCCAAGGCGGCGGCAGGGCUGUGCAGCUGGGCCAUCAACAUCGUGCGCUACUACGACGUGUGGAGCACUGUGGAGCCCAAGCGGCAGGAGCUGGCGCAGGCCAACGCCAAGCUGGUAGAAGCCAACGAGAAGCUGGUGGCGGUGAGGGCCAAGGUGGAGGCGCUGAAUGCGCAGCUGCAGGCGCUGGAGCAGCAGUACGCGGCGGCGGCGGCCGAGCAGGACGCCGCUUUGGCGCAGAGCGAGGCCUGCCAGCGCAAGUUGGACCUGGCCAACCGCCUCAUCACCGCGCUGGCCUCGGAGGGCGGGCGGUGGGCGUCCACGGUGGAGCAGCUGCGCGGCGAUUAUCGUGUGCUGACAGGCGACAUGCUGCUGGCGGCCGCCUUCAUCACCUAUGCGGGGCCUUUCUCCAGCAAGUUCAGGGAGCUGCUGGUGGCGGACUGGCUCAAGUUCUUGCACGAGCGUGGCGUGCCCAUGAGCCCCGGCCUGUCCGACCCGCUCAAGCGCCUGGUGGACGACGCGAUGGUGGCAGGCUGGGUGAGGGAGGGCCUCCCCGCCGACCCCACCUCCGUGCAGAACGGCGCCAUCCUCACCAACUCGGAGCGCUGGCCGCUGAUGCUGGACCCCCAGCUCCAGGGCGUGGCCUGGGUCAAGGAGCGGCUGGCCAAGCAGGGCCUGGUGUGCCUGCGCAUGGGCGCGCCAGACAUGCUGCGAGCCAUGGAGCGAGCCAUCAGCGAGGGCCAGACGGUGCUGUUUGAGAACAUCGGCGAGAGCAUCGAUGCGGUGCUCACGCCAGUCAUCACCCGCGCCACCUUCAAGAAGGCAAGCCAUACGGAGGUUGAGUACAACAAGGCCUUCCGCUGCAUCCUGCACACCAAGCUCAGCAACCCGCACUAUGCGCCUGAGGCCGAGACGACGCUGAUCAACUUCACCGUGACGGAGGGCGGGUUGGAGGACCAGCUGCUGGCGCUGGUGGUGAACAAGGAGCGUGCGGACCUGGAGGAGGCCAAGAGCCAGCUGAUCGUGCAGAACAGCGAGUUUGUGAUCAAGCUGCAGCAGCUGGAGGACGGGCUGCUGGAGAAGCUGAGCACCGCGCAGGGCGACCUCACCGAAAACGAGGCGCUCAUCGUGCAGCUGGAGGAGUCCAAGGCUCUGGCAGACGAGAUCUCGGAGAAGGUCGUGGAGGCGCGGGAGACCGAGAUCCAGAUCAACGAGGCUCGCAACGUGUACCGCGGCGUGGCGUCUCGCGGCAGCAUGCUCUUCUUCAUGCUCAACUCGUUGGGGAGGAUGCAUGCCUUCUACCAGUACAGCCUGCAGGCCUUUGUGGACGUGUUUGAGCGUGGCAUCGAUGCGGCCCCAGGCGGCCGGCGCAAGGCGGUGCUUGCCGCCAGCGCGCAGCAGCACCACGUGACGCUGGCCGACCUGGCUCGCCGCCAGACGCAGCAGCCCGGCAACUUUGAUGCGGUGAUGGAGCUGGCGAGGCGCAGCACGAUGGGCGGCGGCCGCGGGGAGCGCGGCAUCAGCCUGCAGGGCAGCCGGCUGGAGCUGCCGCAGAACGAGUCCAGCACCGGCAGCGCGCGCCAGUCUGUGGUGGGCGAGUCCACACUGAAGCACGCCCGCGAGCGCCUCACACACAUGGGUCAGAGCUGCCCCCGCCGCACCACCCACCAGCACCACCACGGCGGGCGGGGCUCUGUGCUGGGAGGCGCCCUCGAGGACGAGCCCGCCGAGCUGACCCCCGAGCAGCUGGAGGCGCGGCUGGAGGCGCUGCUGCAGGCCUGCACCUACACCGUGUUCAGCUACACGCAGCGGGGCCUGUUUGACCGAGACAAGCUCACCUUCACCUCCCUGCUCACAACCCAGAUCCUGCUCAAGAACGGCACCAUCGACGGCAAGGAGCUGGAGCACCUAUGCCGCUGGCCGCGCGCCGCCACGCCGCCGCCCAUGAGCGAGGAGCUGUCUCAGUGGAUGAGCGAGGGGCAGUGGGCGGCGCUGGCGCCGCUGGCGCAGCAGCUGCCCGCCUUUGGGGGCCUGCUCAAGGAUCUGGAGAAGAAUGGCGAGGAGUGGGAGAAGUGGGCGGCGGGGGAUGCGCCCGAGAGCGUGCCCAUGCCAGGCGAGUGGUGCAAGCUCAGCGACUUCCGCCGCCUGCUGGUCCUGCGCGCCCUCAAGCCGGACCGCCUGCCCGCCGCGCUGGGCGCGCUGUGCGAGCGCGCCAUGGGCGCCGCCUACGUCAACCAGGAGCCCUUCUCCGCAAGGGCGCUGCUGGCGGAGAGCACCCACGCCACACCCAUCUUCUUCAUCCUCUUCCCGGGCUACAGCCCGGGGGCGCGGAUCGAGGCGUACGCCCGCACAGUGGGCCACACCUCUGAGCGCGGCAACUUCACCCUCAUCUCUCUGGGCCAGGGGCAGGAGGGGCCCGCGGAGCGCGCACUGGACAAGUGCAUGAGGGAGGGCGGCUGGGUGUUCCUGGAGAACACGCACCUCAUGGCCUCCUGGAUCCCCACCCUGGAGCGCAAGCUGGAGGCGGCCGCCGACACCGCCCACUCAGACUUCCGCUGCUUCUUCUCGGCGGAGCCCAUCGCCGGAGCGCCCCACGCCGCCAUCCUGCCAGAGAGCCUGCUGCAGGCGCGCGCGGGGGGUGGGACCGCCAUCCGCGUCAGUAACGAGCCGCCGUCCGACAUCCGGUCCAACAUGCGCCGCGCCUGGGCCGCCUUCCCGCCCGACUUCUUCCUCCGCGCCUCCACCGAGCCCAAGCGCGCCGCCCUGCGCUCCAUCAUCUUCGGCCUCUGCUUCUUCCACUCCGUGCUGCUGGGCCGCAAGAAGUUUGGCACAGGCAUCGGGUCUGCCGGCGGCGGCGGCGGGCUGGGCUACUGCCGCGCCUACUCCUUCAACACGGGCGACCUGGCCACGUGCGGCGACGUCAUCCUCAACUACGUGGAGGGCAAGGCGACGGUACCCUGGCAGGACCUGCGGUACCUGCUGGGGGACGUGUUCUACGGCGGCCACGUUGUGGACGACUACGAUCGCCGCCUGCUCAACACAUACCUGCAGAAGCUGUUCACUCAGGAGCUGCUGCCGGUGGGGCCUGGUGCGAGCGAUGGCCAUCAGGCUGCCAUGGACGGCGCGGCCACCGACCAGCCCGCCGACGGCGCCGGCCAGCCGCCGCUGGAGCUGGCCCCGGGCUGGCGGCCGCCGCCUGCUGUGGACUACGAGUCGAUGACGCAGUACAUCGAGACGUCCUGCCCGGCAGACUCCCCCGCGCUCUACGCCAUGCACGGCAACACCCAGCUGUCGCUGCUCAACAGCCAGACCGAGGCGCUGUUCCAGACGAUCCUGGAUGUGGGGGGGCUGGGGGCCGCGGCCUCCGCCGCCGCGGCCGCCGCCGCGGCCGGCGGCGCAGCGGCCGGCGGCGAGGCCGCGGUGCGCGCCAGCCUGGCAGACCUGCUGGGGCGGCUGCCUGCGCCGCUGGGGCUGGUGGACAUCGAGGCGAGGGUGAAGGAGAAGACGCCGUUUGUGGUGGAGGCGGAGCGCAUGAACGGGCUGCUGGGCGAGAUGCGUCGCAGCCUGGAGGAGCUGCAGCUGGGGCUGGACGGCGCGCUCAACAUGAGCCCCGCCAUGGAGCAGCUGGGGGCGGCGCUGGGGGCGGGGCGCGUGCCGCCGUCCUGGAUGGCCUGCAUGAGCACACGGGUGCAGGAGGUGUAUGCGCUGCCGGCCUGGUACGCCGACGUGCUGCAGCGCCACGCCCAGCUGGUGGGCUGGACCGGCGGCGCCGUCUCCCCGCCGCGCUCCAUCUGGUUGCCCGGCCUGUUCAACCCCAAGGCCUGCCUGACGGCGGUGAUGCAGCAGUUCGCGCGCCAGCGCCGCCUGCCACUAGACGACGUUCGCUUUGUGGUGGAGGUGACCGGCAAGCAGCCCGAGGCGCUGUCCGAGGCGGCCCCAGACGGCGGCAUGUACAUCCACGGCCUGACGCUGGAGGGGGCCCGCUGGGACGCCCAGGACGACUGCCUGCGCGACUCGCUGCCCAACCAGCUGCGCCAGGCGCUGCCCGUGCUGCUGGUGCGCCCGCUGACGGCGCAGGCGCACCAGGCGGCGCUGGCCGCGGGCAACCUCUACCUGUGCCCCGUCUACGCCAACGGCCAGCGCGCAAACGUCUACUCCCCCCUGGUCAGCACCUUCACGCUGAAGACGCGGGAGCCGCCCAGCAAGUGGGUGCUGGCAUCCACCACGCUGCUGCUGCAGGAUGAGCUGGCGUGA